AGACAUCAUUACGUCAUUACGUCGUGACGUAAUCAAAGUUGGCGGUAUUUUGAAACAAACACGGAUAUCCAUAGUUUUGAUUGUUUUGGGGGGAAAAAAUACGUUUGGGUCUAUUGAAAAUGGUUGAGGAAGGGGCAGAAGGAGAGGUUGUAGCUCACCUCUCAAAAGCUGCACAGUCUGAGCUGCUGGAGCUCUGCGAGGAGCAGUUUGCUGAAAUAGAGAAGUUGCUGAAUGAAAUCAUACUGUGUGAAGCAGACAGCUGUGAGAAUCCACAGGAACAGUCAGUGAACAGGCUGAUAGCCACUGAUGCUGAGCUGAAGCAGUGGUCGUCUACUGAGCCAAGCUUGCUCGCAUCCAAUUCAGAAAUUUUACUUCAAGCUGGAAAAGACGAGAUGCUCAAGCUUUGCUCUGAACUGGAGAUGGUUGUUUCUUGUUGUGAAGCCAAGAGAGACAAACUGAGAGAGACUAAAGAGCUGGAGCAGAAAUGGCUAGAAGAAAAGAAACAGGUGCUAUUAGCCGCCAGUGAUCAUAUUGAACGACUUCGACUGGAGAGGGAGAAAUUAUCUGAACAUAACAUCAUUUUGGACACCAAAGCCAAAAUCCAGAAAAUAAAGGUCUAUCAGGAGAAGCUGCUGGAGACCCUUGGAGAUGUCCUGGAGACGCAUAUUCCUCUCCCUAAGAAGGAGUCCAGCGCAAGCAAAAGGAAGAAGAGCAUUACCCAUGAGAUAACUGAGGACCUUAUUUCCCUGAGUGAAAUCCUGGAGGUUCUUAUGAACAAGGUCAUAAACACACCGCAUGACCCUUACGUUACGUUGGAUCACACCUUCUGGCCGCCGUACGUGGAGAUGCUGCUUCGAUACGGGAUCGCAGUGAGACACCAGGAGAAUAACUUGAAGAUCCGUCUGGAAACCUUCUUCUGAAUUACUUUUGCUUAUCUUCUAAAAAGCAACACAUUUUUUUCUUGUCUUUUACUACAUCUGUUGGAGCUUUGCCCUUAUUUAACAAUAAUCUAAUGAAUAAAGAGACUUACCUUUUUCUUUAUACAUGUAUUAAUAAAAAUGUUUUCUUGUGACUUUAGUUCUGUGUAUUUUAGAUGUUCUGUAUUUAAAGUGACUCUGUUUUAAUGAGUAAGUUUCCAGCUUAAAGGACAUAAAAUAAUUGUCAUUAACCUAAUCUAUCCCUGAUGUGCAUGAUAUUCUCUGAGCAGUAGCUGCUUUUUGUUGCACUAGUCAGAUAUGAAUCCUUCUUUCAGCCAGGAUUGUUGGAGUCUGCUGGAUAGCUCUUAAUUUAGCAUUUAUAUGACUAUUGUAAAAUAUAGUGAAAGUUGUCAGUGUCAAACAAAGUAGUGUAAAAUAUCUGUCAUUUGCAUCAAUGGAGAUUAAGUACAUAUGAAUCUGCUUGUUUUGCUAAAAGAUCAAAUCAUAACAACUUGCAAAUAUUAUGUUGUUCCUAACUUGAUACAGACCAGAAAGAAACCUGCUCUUUACUGGUUUUUGGCAGAUAAAAAUUCUUAAACUCGGAUCUAAAGCUAUAAGACGCCCAUUCAUGUGUACAGUGUGUCCAUUUUAUUUUUUGGGUUCUUAACAUUCUGUUUCUUACCUUGACUUUUUCAAAAUCAUUGCUUGAUAACUCAUUAAUUAUUUAAGGGAGACAAGUAGGCUAAAUAAAAAAAGAAAAGGAUGUUUUUUUUAAAUAUUGCUUAAGCCUGUAAAAUGGGAAACCAUUAAACCAAAUGUUUGUCUCAAGUCAUGGCACUUUUUGAUGCGUUCUAUGUAUUAGUUUGUAAUACUUGUAGGACAGCACAGUAGCGGGGUUAUUAGCAAUGUUGCCUUGCAGCAAGAAAGUCCUGGGUUUAAUUCACGUCCCAGGGUUUGCAUAUUCUCCCUCUGCAUGUUGGGUUCUUUCCAGAUACACCGGCUUCCUCCCACAGUCUAAAGACAUGACUGUUAGGUUAAUUGGCAUCUCUACAUUGUCCCUAGAUGAGUGCAUGGUUGUCUCUGUGUUGUGUGUGGCAACCGGUCCUGCGUGUACCCGGUCUUUUGCCAAUAGAAUACUGGAACUAUAAAUUAGUUGGCUGCACUAAGUGAUAAAAAGCAAUGUUAUUUAUCAGACUGUCCAUUAUGAACUGUUUGAAAGAAAACAUAUCUUAAAAGAAUUCAAAAGAUCUUUCAUAUACGAUUUAAAGCAGUGGUUCCCAAACUUUUCAUGCUGGGCCCCUCCUUGGUGUACAAGAACAAGUUCAGUUGAACAAAGUCAACUGCAUUAAAUUAUGUGUUGCAUUAAAAUACAUCACAACCUCCUCUUUCACAACCUCUGCUAACAGGUAUUAUUACCUUAGUUUAUGGUUGUGGUCCAGUUAUUUUUUUAGUUCUACAAUUAUUAUUAUUUUUUUUCAUUUUAUCUUCUUUUGUAUUACCUAAUUCAUGUAAAGCAUUUUUAAUUGUUUUGUGCUAUACAAAGAAACUUGCUUUUCCUUUAAAUAAUAUUCCAGAGAAUGUGUUAAGAGUGACUGUUUUUUUGUUGUUUUUUUCCCCCAUCUAUAGAUUAAAGAACAACACAGUCAAGCCCCUUAAUUUCUUGUUGCUGCACAUUGAGGGUCAGGCUUUAUUAGACAGAUUUGCUCUGGAUAUCAGUAGACAGACUAUUUUCUUAGUGUCUUUUGCAAACAGCAUAAGCUACAAUGUCAUAAAAAAUAUGUAUUGUUAAAAAAAAGGACACAGAAAAUGUACACUAUUUUUGUGUAAUUUGGGUGUUUUCUGGGGGGUAAUCUACGACAUGUAUUUAAACUGAAUGUGUGAAUUUUAAUAAACACCUUUUUUCUCCUAA